ACCCCGAGCAACAACUAGUUGUUAGUAAAAUGAGGUAUUGCAUUAGUCAUUUAUAUUGUAUUUAUCGUCUAUAAUAAUUUUAAGCUUAAGUACAAUUGUCUCUAAAAAUAGCAUUAGAUCGAUUCUUGGUUACAAUUACUUAUAUUACUAUCGCUAAGCAAGUAGCUUGUGAACGUGUAGUUUCAAGUGAAAAUGAUUGAAAAAGAAAAACUAGUGUGCAAUAUUACACAUAUAAUGUUCUGUCGACAGCUCCUGGGUUUCCUUCAAGAUUACAGUUCUCGUAAAAUAAGAAUAAUCACAAAAUUAUACUCGAUAAUCUUAGUUUCUGCCUUAAUCAUUACCAAGUCCAUAAGAUUACAAGCCAUUGAGAAAUAUAACAAACAUACAGACUGGACAUUAUUGCUUAUAGAAUGUUUCUUUUAUUCUACAGUGGCAUACCAAACAAAAGAUGGAUACAUUUAUCGAUAUUAUAAACAAUUGCGUUACGUCGACAGUUUGCCUGGAGCAGAACGCGUCUUCAAAAGAUUAGAAUAUUUUUUGAAAUACUACUUAUUCUUUACGCUUGUGAAUAAAUUAGCCUUCGAUUUAUUGUAUUGCAAGUUUUUUGGACAAAAAUGCUAUAAAGAUGGUUACUACGACGUGAUAACUAAUGUUUUAAUGUAUAUUUGUAUUGAUGUUGGUAGAUUUUCUUUUGCUUUAAUAUUUUGUUUGUUGUAUUGUCGUGCUAAGUUGCUGGUGAUGUCUUUGGAGAACUUGAAUUUGGAUGAUAUGCCUCAGAAUAGGUAUGCGAUAGCAAAGUAUGUGCAGAUGUAUGAGAGUCUUCUCGAUAGUCUCAGAAGCGUUGAUAACCCUAUGAAAUUAAUGGUAAGUAUUUUUCAGUUUGGCUAUUUUACAGCAUCAUUCGUUAUUGUCUCUGUAACUACUUCAUCCCUGAGAUUUGUUAUAGAAUUAGCCUACCGUCUAAAUAAAUUAAAGUUCAAUGGACCAGAAAUAUGGAGCCUUGUUUUUUCAGUUCUGUACGUUUUAAGACCUAUAAUUUUCUGGACCAUACCGUCUGUAGCGUUGGACCUUACAACGGAUAAUAUCAAUAAGAUUAAAAUAAUUUGCAUCGAAAAGAAGGUGCUUUGUAGUAGUAAGUAUUUUAAAGUAAUUUAUAUCCCGCAGAUGAACAAUUUCCGUUUGGUGAACAAAUGGAAUUUUUUUUUUCUUUUUUUUUAA